AUGAGGGAUGGGAUUUCAGAGGAGGAUGGAGGAAUGAAUGAGGAAGGGGAAGGGGAGGAGGGCGGAGGUGAGGCAUCGAUGGAGGAUGUGGGGAAGAGUUUGGCGGAGCGCGUCCUAAAGGCUAGGGAGAAGUACGGGAGUGAUUUGCCCGCUGGCGUAUUGGCAGCGAGGGAGAUGAGAUUGUGGGUGGGGCUGUACGGGUCCGCGGAUCAGGCGAAGAGGAGGGGAGGUGAGGGUGAGAAUGGAUAUGGAGAGGAGGGCCUUAGUGGAUCUGGAUUGGAUGAAAGGGUGGAGAGUUUGGGGACGGGCGUGCUGAGGAUGGCGGAGGAUGGGGCAUUGGAGGAGAUUGAGUUUGAGGGGGAGGGUGUUGUCGGUGGGGAGGGAAAGAAGAAGAGUGCGAAGAGUGCGAAGAUUCAGAAGAGGGAGGAGAUACGGCUUGGGAAGAUCGAUGAGGGCGAGGGCGGCAGUACGAUGGCGAAUCACUCGCGACAUUGGACCGAAGCAGACGAGUACCGUGAUGAGGACGCGGAGCCACAAGAAGAGGAGGAAGACACAGACCCGACCCAACGCACCCACCCCUUCACCCUCGCCAACCGCUUCGGCACCUCCCCUUCAACCCUCCCCCUACCAAAAGACACCUUCGUCGACCCCGCAACAUUAUUAUUAUCAGGCCUCCCUACCGUCCACCUCUCCCAAGCCGCGACCCGCAUCUUCGGCGGCCUCGGCCUCCCCUACUCCACCUCCACGCCCAACAGCCUGAAGACCAUGCAACCCAAACCCAUCGCCCUGGAUGUCUUUCAAGACCGCAUGUCGAGUAUCGAGACGGAUGUGUAUACCGCUGUGCUCAUGCCGGCCGUUUACGCUAGUGUCAUGUCUGUGUUGAGGGAGACGAGGAAGAGGUUGGGGAGUGCGUGGGCGGAGGAUCUGGUGAGGAAGGCUGAGAGGGGGGAGUUGAGGGUCUUGGAUGUUGGGGGUGCGGGGGCGGGGGUGUUGGCUGUGAGGGAGUUGAUCCGGGCGGAGUGGGAUCGGAUGCAUGAUCGCAGCACUUCUUCUUCCUCAUCUGCCUCGUCAGGAGGGGCGGCAGAUUCACCGAUGGAUCUCGCUGAAGCUGAUGGUAGGAUUGGCGGAGCCGGUCUCGCGCCUCCUCAGGGCCAUGCUACUGUCCUCGUCGCUUCGGAUGGUCUACGCAAACGAGCAAGUCAAUUGUUGGAGAAUACGACGUUCAUCCCGCGAUUACCGGAUUACAUCCAUUCCUCUUCUACCUCGAGUACAGAGAAGGCGCAGCGAGACGGGAAAUUCGAUCUCAUUAUCGCUCCUCACUCGCUUUGGCCUCUGAGGGAGGACUUUGUCAGGAGGACCCACGUCCAGAAUCUUUGGAGUCUGCUUAAGAAGGGUGGGGGCGUUAUGGUGGUAUUGGAGAAGGGUGUUAGUCGGGGCUUUGAGCUCGUGGCUGGGGCGAGGGAAUUGCUUCUUGAGACGCGGAUCUCGAGUCCCGAGGCGAGGGAGAGGAGUCUGGAUAUCUACGACGAUGCAGCACCGAAUUCCGACUAUGCAACGCCAGCACCAGAGCCCUUGACCCGAACGAAGGAAAAAGGCAUGAUCAUCGCCCCCUGCACCAACCACUCCUCUUGUCCCAUGUACGUGCAAAAGGGCAUGGUGAAGGGCCGGUUGGAUAUCUGUCAUUUCGAGCAGAGGUUUGUCAGGCCAAGUUUCUUGCAGAAGGUGCUUGGGGCUAGGGAUAAAAAUUUCGAGGAUGUGCGGUUUGCUCAUGUUGCGGUGAUGAGGGGGAGGGAUUUGCGGGAGGAGAAGAAGCAGGAGGAGGAGGGGUUGAGUGAGGAGAGCGUGGCAGAGGCUUGGGGCCAGGGUUUAGGGUUGAAGCAGGGUGUUGAGGCGACUGAGAUGGCUUUUGUUGGCCAUGCCGCUGAGGUCUCAGAGCCCGAUACCUCUUCCUCCCCUCAACAUACCGCACCCUCAUCCGCCUCGCUUCAACCUAGCACUACCACACCACAUCCCCUCACCCUCCCCCUCUCCAUCCUCCCACCGUUGAAAAGAAGAGGUCACAUCAUCCUCGAUCUCUGCACCCCGUCCGGUACCCUCGAACGCUGGACCGUCCCCCGCUCCUUCGGCAAACAGGCUUUCCGUGACGCCCGCAAGAGUAGUUGGGGAGAUGGCUGGGCGUUGGGGGCAAAGACCCGCGUCGUUAGGACUGUGCGGAAGAAUAAAUUUUCUGAGAAGGGGAAGGGUAAAAGCGGGGUUUGUGCGGAUGGGGAGGCUAAGAUUGCCAAAAAGUCUGCGAGGGCGAAGGCGGGAUCUAGUGCUGGAGCCGAGGAUGAUGAAAUGGGGAUGGGGAAGACGGGUGAUUUUGUGGUGGACGCGGAUGAGUACGGGCGGCUUGUUGUUAAAGGUGGGGGGUCUGCGCCUGGGGAUCGACGGGGGCAGAAGAGGACGCACAGGGUUAAGGGGGUUAGGGAUAAGAGGGAUAAGAGUGGGAAGGGGAAUGGGAGGCGGAAGUAUCAGGUUGAUGAGUGA